ACAUGAAAUAACGGUGGGCCGCCACGACAGGUGUUCGCACCCUGCUGAAGCGUGCCUGCACUCCACCUUCAGCUUUGUUCGCUUCUCAUCUCCUCUCCACUCUCCACCUCUCCCACUGCCAGUCCGCCACCCUCCACUCUUCCGGAGAAAAUUUUCUCCCCACUUUCCUCUUCGUCCAUUUUCUCGGGAAAAUUUACUGCGUUUUGUGAGAAAGCAUCUCCCUCCUUUAUGGCGCCGAUAAAGUUCUCGCACGUUCCCCAUUUCUGCUCUCUCCAACGCUCCCUCCUCGCGCUCGCUCUUCUAACCCUACUCGCCUUCACCUGCGUCUCCUUUACUUUCCUCCGCUCUUCUUCCACCGAUCUCUCCCCGAAUCCUCCUAAGGUUGCUGUAAUUGGAGAUUUGGUCGAAUCCUCUGAAAUUUAUCAAUCACCGGGGAAAAACGUGGACGAAUUCUCUGAAAUUUAUCACUUGCCGGACCUUUUUCGGCUGAAUUAUGCUGAAAUGGAGAUGAAAUUUAAGGUUUUCGUAUAUCCAGAUGGAGAUCCAAAUACGUACUACCAAACACCGAGGAAACUUACGGGGAAGUAUGCUAGUGAAGGAUAUUUCUUUCAGAAUAUUAGGCAAAGUCAGUUCCGAACUGAUGAUCCGGAUCAGGCUCAUUUGUUUUUUAUUCCUAUUUCUUGCCAUAAAAUGCGAGGCAAGGGUACAUCAUAUGAAAAUAUGACUAUUAUUGUUCAGAAUUAUGUGCAGAGCUUGAUGUCCAAGUACCCUUAUUGGAAUAGGACCCUGGGCGCUGAUCACUUUUUUUUGACUUGCCAUGAUGUUGGCGUGAGGGCAACUGAAGGAGUUCCACUACUUGUAAAAAACUCAAUUCGAGUUGUGUGUUCACCAAGUUAUGAUGUUGGAUUUAUUCCGCACAAGGAUGUUGCCCUCCCUCAAGUCUUGCAGCCAUUUGCUCUCCCAACUGGAGGAAGGGACAUAAAGAACAGGACUACACUUGGCUUUUGGGCAGGCCAUCGCAAUUCAAAAAUAAGAGUUAUACUAGCACGUAUUUGGGAGAAUGACACAGAGCUUGAUAUAAAAAACAACCGAAUAAACAGAGCUACUGGGCAUCUGGUAUAUCAAAAUAAAUUCUAUAGGACUAAGUUCUGUAUAUGCCCUGGUGGAUCACAAGUCAAUAGCGCUCGUAUAGCCGACUCAAUCCAUUAUGGAUGUGUUCCUGUAAUCUUGUCUGACUACUAUGAUUUGCCAUUCAAUGACAUUCUUGACUGGAGGAAAUUUUCUGUAAUACUCAAGGAGCGUGAUGUUUAUCGCCUUAAGUACAUUCUCAAAGACAUACCAGAUGCUGAAUUCAUAGCAUUGCAUGACAACUUAGUCAAGGUGCAGAAACACUUCCAGUGGAAUACACCUCCAAUCAAGUAUGAUGCAUUCCAUAUGGUGAUGUAUGAGCUUUGGUUGCGCCACCAUGUCAUCAAAUACUAAAUCACAAGAACAACUCCAUUUUGUUUUCUCUACACUCCCAACAUCCUUGUAACGCCUCACCAACUUCACAGGCAAGAAGUAAAUUUUUUCCAGCUGGGUCUGGUUUCUGAAUCUUCAUAUUGAGCAGCAUGUACAAUUAAAUUCAUUUAAUUUUAUUUAAAGUCUAAACCAAACAAGUAGUUGUUCACGUAGUUGAAUACAUUCAUUUUUUUAAGCUCUUCAAGGAGGUACAUGGACCACACUUGGUGGAAUAUAAGCUAAGCCUCUCAAUGAAGCUUUCGGAAUGUUUUGACGAGGGGAAAGAUUGCGAAUGUGUCAGAAUAUUUUCAGAAGGUGGGGUGAUGUUAAAAAGCUACACGGUAGUUGUUUUUUCUCUCCCUUUCAUGCAUUAUAUUGCUUUUUAUGAAGCAAACAGAUGGAUUGAUUUUGUUGUCGUGUAUAUAUUGAAGGCUUAACGUCUUGGCUUCAUUAUGUAUGAAAAGAUUUAAAAUGCAAUCACCAAUUGCCUAUUAUUGCCACUA